UCCAUUACACAGAAACAACAAACAUGGCGGCGACCGUGGAGAAUGUUUACAGGUUGCUUAAAUUUUUUAGACCAUCACAGAAAAUUGCAGCAUGUUUACAUCGCAACAAUGCCAGAGUGCAACUUUUGAGGAACCGGUGGACAACAAUACAGAAAUACUCCCUUGUAAAGUUGUUGCCAAGGCCAGCCGUGAUAACCUCCAUAGCAACAGUGAGCGCAGUAAGCUUGUUUGCCAAGAAGAACGAACCAGAAACUGGAGGACUGAGAAAUAAAACACUUAUAGAAAAGGCAGAUGAACUGUAUGAUGCCAGGCAAACUAUAAAUCUGUAUAAUUUACUGAAAGACAAUUUGGAUGAGAAUGACGAUGAAAUAUUGUGGCGUUUAGCCAGAGCUAGUUGUGAUAUGAGCAGAAUGAGUAAGACUCCAAACGUAUGCAGGACAUAUAUGUUUGAAGGAUUUGAGUAUGCUAAGAGAGCCUUAGAGCUCAACAACAGCAACUUUGCCAGUCAUAAGUGGUAUGCUAUCCUGCUGGACAAGACAGCUGAGUUUGAAGGAAAUAAGAAGAGAAUAGAAAAUGCUUUUUUGGUAAAAGAACAUUUUGUGAGAGCUGUUGAGCUGAAUCCAAAGGACGCCACUUCCAUGUACUCCAUAGGUCACUGGUGUUACCUGUUUGCAGACAUGCCAUGGUACUACAAGAAAAUAGCCAGUGCCAUAUAUACAACCCCGCCCACAUCUACAUAUGAAGAGGCAUUGAAGUACUUUGAGAUGGCUGAAGAAGCUGAUCCCGACUUUUACAUCUGGAACCAUGUGUUUCUUGGCAAGACGUAUGUGAGGGUCGGUGAGCGAGAAAAAGCAAAGAAGUACCUAAUCAAGGCCAGGGAGUACACCACCCAGGACAUUUCCGUGGAUGAACACGAGGCCCAAAUGGAAGCGUUUAAAGUGUUGAUGGCAAACAAAAUGAUCGAUGUGAAAGAGGAGAAAAAGAAGGAACUGGAAUCACAGAAGAGCAGCUCUCAAGGAAAGGUUUUGGACACAGAAUGAUACCAGACUUCCUUGAUCCCAAACAACGGAAGUGUAAAGAAAACCUGAAGGAACUUAAAGAGGAAAUGUAAAAGUGAAAAAUUGAACGACUGUAUUGGUUCUAAUCUUCGUGAACAACUGUGUUGAUUCGUGAACAACUGUGUUGAUUCGUGAACUACUGUAUUGAUUCGUGAACUACUCUGUUGAUUCGUGAACUACUCUGUUGAUUCGUGAACUACUGUGCUGAUUCUGGAACUACUGUGUUGAUUCGUGAACUACUCUGUUGAUUCGUGAACUACUUUGCUGAUUCUUAAACUAAUGUGUUGUUUCGUGAACUACUGUGUUGUUUCGUGAAUAACAGUGAACAAUUAAUGGAUACAUUGAACAUUUGUGUUGGUAAAGAGAACAAGUUGUGGAUACAUUGAGCUAUUUUGUCAGUGCAACUUGUGUGGAUAUUGUUAAAAAUAGAUUGAUUAGGGUUGCUUUGUCGGUAAUAUUUCGACUCUCUUUGAAGACAGUGUAAAGUACUAGUGAUAUGUAUGACAUAUAUACACAUUAUAAUCCAGUUAUGUCUCUUGACUCUCAAAUAUUACCAGUCAAAAA